UUCUCUCUUUUCCUUAUCCAGAUUCCUGUCCGGGCAUCCAGGGAAGCUUCACAUACAACCCUACCUCGUCUCACAGGUAGACUUUGACUCCUGCUACACAAUGGGAGGCCGUGCUGUGAUUGAACAACCCACUGAUCAGCCAUUCCUCGUACCCGAUAGCUUCCUUAGACCAGGGUCUAAUUUCUUCAUCGCAAACAGUGCCAAUCCCAUAUACCAGUGUAGGUAUGGACUUCGAGUAAACAUCACUAUCAAACAGAGAGAUUGUCAUUAUCCUGUAUCACCACAAGGAAUGGAAUGCUUGGAUCAUGGAUUCUGCUCAACAAAUAUUGCCAAUAGGAACUACACCUGUAGCUGUUGCCAUGGCUACACAGGUGGUUACUGUGAGGAGCUGGAUGGAUGUGCGAGCCACCAGUGUGCAGAAGGGGCGCAGUGCGUCGAUGUUCAACAAGGUUUCGGGGGACAUGACUACGAAUGCCAGUGCCCGGAGGGGCGAAGCGGCGUGCAUUGUGAGGUUGAUGUCAACGAAUGUGAUAGCAGUCCCUGUGUUAAUGGCGUUUGUGUGGAUAGACCCGGCGCAUUCCAAUGCUACUGUGUUCCAGGCUAUACAGGUAUCCAGUGUGAGAUCCAAUACAAUGAAUGUGUAUCCAGCCCCUGUCUGCAUGGAGGGUUCUGUAUUGAUGAACUCAAUGAUUAUCGUUGUGAUUGUGGACCUGGUUACACAGGAGAACACUGCGAAACCAAAGUGGACCUGUGUGAAUCAGACCCCUGUCACAAUGCAACGGUGUGCAUGGAUGAGGGGAAUACCUAUUCAUGCGUUUGUGGACAUGGAUUCACAGGUGUUCAGUGUGAAAUCAACAUCAAUGAAUGUGAAUCAAUGCCAUGCUUAAACGACGGGAGCUGUAGGGACGAAGUAAACUCCUACAGAUGUCUUUGUCCAGGUGGUUUUGAAGGCGUUCACUGUCAAGUUCCAGAGUCAUUUAUCGAGCAUGAUGCACCACACCACUCCAAUCCUGAGCCUCAACAGCACAAUUAUUACAUCGUAAUCGGCGUCUUAGCGGGGGCUCUCUCCGUCGCCAUGAGUAUAAUCGCUAUUUGUGUGUGCUGGUUACAAAAGGGUACUAAUCCCAGGAAGAUACAGCCAAUAUCAGGGGGCGAUGAUGACAGAUUUUUGUACAACAUCAGCAGCGUAACAAAACCACGUCCGUCUGUUCAAGCAAUCUACGAGCUAACAACUCUAAACUAUAAUGCCCAGAUAGAUGAGCCUCUUAUUUCACUCAAGCCCAAGUCAAUAUAACUUAUUCUCAUUCACUUCCUCAGCUGAUUGUAUGAUAGUGUACAAAGCAUUUAUUGUGUGCUUGCCAUUGUGACCAUGUUUAGGUGAUUCUAGGGGUGGAUGAAUAUCACAUUUUUUAUACCGUUGUUACAAUUGGUUUUUUUUAUUCAGUUUUUUUAUUAUUUGUCCUUAUUGAUUUAUGAACAUUUGUGAAAGGAUAUCUAACUACUUUUAAUUUUUACAUUGGGUUAUAUGAUCAUGAGGUAUAUGUAUGUGAUUAUAUUUAAAUGUUUGGCCCCAUGGUAUUAUGAUGAAUACAUAAAUAACUGUAUUUGAUUUAAUGUUUGUUUAUGAAUUAGAGCCACCCUACACCAAACAAUAAAUAAUUCCUGUAAUGAACAUUCCAGUUUUAUUAAGCUCUGAAUAUUUUGUUUUUCCCCAAAAAUUCCAACAUUUUUAGCUUCCCAUUACAAUUUUUCACUGGUGCUUGUAUGGAUUAACACUAUAUCUAACUUCUGUUGUCAUUUGUUGAAUGUUACUCCUCAGUGUAUGAAUGUUGUUAAAGAUGUUAUAGACCAAUCUGUAUUUUGAACGGUUUUAUUGCGAGUAUGUCAAGGGAAAGUUCUUUGGGACUAAGAAAGCAGUUGUAACUACCGUAGUAUACCUUCUUUUAUAAGAUUCUCUGUUAAAAUAGAAGUCUAUGUAAGGUGGUCAAUUUGAUGAGUAAUUGUGGGUUUAAUGAAGUGACUGCAAGGAUGACCCUCAUUUCAUCAAUCUUAUAGUGUGAAAAGAUUGCAUUUUUGAAGAAUAAUGCAAAAUUGUAGGCAACCAGCUAUUCUUAAUGUUUGAAUCUAACUUAGUCACUUCAUUAAAACCUUGCCAAAUCCAUCAUUGCAUGUGCAAGAGGUAUGUAACCAACUAAGUAUAAUCAGAUGGUAUAAACGCAUCAUAUGGAGAUUGAUAAGCUAACAAAUCCCUGCAAUUUGAUGUAUCAGUGUACAAUGAAUAUGAGACCUAAAAGUACCGUCCAUAGUUUCUAUAUUGACAUGGCUAUAGAGGAUGCAUGUCACUGAAUGCCAUGUAAGGAUAUUCCUACGAGUGAAAGCAGAAAUGUGGUUGUUUGACUUUGAUGAAGAAGCAAUAAAGCCCUUCAGCAACCGUCCAGCUUGGUAUCAAAGCGAAAGGAUGAAAAGAAAAUUAGCUAUCAUAAUUGUUCUAAGACUGCAUGCUAUUUGACCCGUCUAAUAUGAAAAAAUAGUCAUCACAUGUCCAUCAAGUUUAUUGUUUUUUAAAACUUGAAGGGCUUUUACUCCAUUUUGUUGGCAAAUCCUCCAAACUAACAUCUUCUAUUGUUCAUGAAGGGCAAUUUAGUCAACAUAAAUAGCUAUAUUACAAGUUGAACAAUUUAAAAAUAAGUACAUGUACUGACAUAAAAUGUCAGAAAAAAAAUUGAUAUGUAUAUUCCUCACGAAUGACAAAUUGUGUUGUGUUAUAGGAAUGACAUAAUAUGUUUUAUAGUUCAUUAUUUGUUUUUUUUAAUUUUCAUUCUUUUGUCAUUAUACUGAACUAGUAUAAACUAGAAGUACCAAUAUUGCAAAGAUUACAUUGAUGUAUGCCCUGUACAAUGUGUGCUUCUAAUAUAGAAUAUACAUUGAUAUUCCAUUUUGAAACAGCAUUGCUUUGUAUUAUAUAACUUGAAGUUUGAUUCCAUUACGUUUUUCAAUGAACUGUGUGUGUACAGUUGUAUUAAAUGUGUUUAUAGAGGCUUGUACAGUUUUUAAAAGAAUAUAAAACAUUUCAGGACUUGUAUAUAAUAUAUGAGAACAUAUAAAUAAUGAAGUGUGAAAAAAUAGUAGAUCAGUAAAUAUCAUGAAAUACUUCUUACUUAUAUUAUUUUUUAAAACUAAAUUCUAUUUCUUUUGAUGAAGCUAAUCAUGCCACACGUUUUCUUCUAUUUAAUAUUUGCUUUAUAAAGUUUUGAUAUUUUAAUUUGUCAAAUUUAUUUAACACCGCACUUUGACAGUGCUAUUCUUUCCUUGGGUAUCUUUUAUCAGAGGAUAUUUUCCACUACUUUUGAAAAACUUCAAAUUACAAUGUGAAACUAAAGCUCUGCUCAGACGUAAGGCAGUAACACAAUUUUAAAGAAUUACUAUUCAUCCAAUUUUCAAAACUUCCCAAAACUUGCAUUACCUUUAAUUAGAAAAGGAAAUGAAAUUAAUUGGCGUGAGCACAUUCAUCUUCCCUUGUAGACUGAUUAUCAAUUGUUUUGAGGGGUGAGGGUAUUUACCAUUUUAUUUUCUUAUUGUAAGUUAUCAUUUUCAUUACUGAAAUACUGCUAAAUGUAUAAUUGAUGUAUAACUAUCGUGUGUGUGCUUUACAAUGUAACAGAUUAUGAAUGAAAUAGAAUCCAACUUAUUAAUGUUCAUAAUGUUUAUUGUGACUCAUCAAGUUAUUUGUCUUUCAGGUAUGUAUCGAAGAGAACCAUCACCCUUCAAACAAAUCGCUAUUCACUCCAGUAUAGUAAUAACUCUUUGCCAAAUUCAAUAAAUUGCUUUGCUAUCAAUUCUUGAAUCAGCCUUUGCUGAACUCAUAUAUGAUGUAAUAGAGAAAUUCUUUGGUACUUGGAUCUUUGGAAAUUUGGAGUAGAUAUAUUUUCCCUGAAAAGAUGACACACUUUAGAUUUAGGGUGUUGGUUCUUCUAUAUAAAGUUCAGUAGUGUUUUGAUUUUGUUCCAUUUUUGAUUGUGCAUGUCUGAGCUAUGAAUCUACUAAGUAUAGUCUGUACAAAGAUGUAAAGCUCCAAUUUAGUGAGAAUAAAAGAUUGUAGUGUUUUUUUGCUAUAAA